GCCGGGCCGGCGGGGUCCCGGGCUGAGGAGGCCGGGCCGGGGGUCCCGGCGGCGGCGGAGCCAUGACUCUGGAGUCCAUGAUGGCCUGUUGCCUGAGCGACGAGGUGAAGGAGUCGAAGCGCAUCAACGCCGAGAUCGAGAAGCAGCUGCGGCGGGACAAGCGCGACGCGCGCCGGGAGCUCAAGCUGCUGCUGCUGGGCACUGGGGAAAGUGGGAAGAGCACAUUUAUCAAACAGAUGAGGAUAAUUCAUGGCUCCGGCUACUCUGAAGAGGACAAAAGGGGCUUCACCAAGCUGGUGUACCAAAACAUCUUCACUGCCAUGCAGUCCAUGAUCAGGGCCAUGGAGACCCUGAAGAUCCUAUACAAGUACGAACAGAAUAAGACCAAUGCACUGCUGAUUCGGGAAGUGGACGUAGAAAAAGUCUCAACCUUUGAGCAGCCAUAUGUAAGUGCAAUUAAGACAUUGUGGACUGACCCUGGAAUCCAAGAGUGUUAUGACAGGAGGCGAGAAUAUCAGCUGUCCGACUCAGCUAAGUACUACCUUAGUGACGUGGAUCGAAUCGCAACCCCAGGAUAUCUACCAACCCAGCAAGAUGUGCUACGGGUUAGAGUUCCUACAACCGGAAUAAUAGAAUACCCCUUCGACCUAGAGAAUAUUAUCUUCAGAAUGGUGGAUGUUGGGGGUCAGAGGUCAGAACGAAGGAAGUGGAUCCAUUGCUUUGAAAAUGUGACCUCCAUCAUGUUUUUAGUAGCCCUUAGUGAAUAUGACCAAGUUCUAGUGGAGUCUGAUAAUGAGAACCGGAUGGAAGAGAGUAAAGCCCUUUUUCGGACCAUUAUCACCUACCCGUGGUUCCAGAAUUCUUCAGUCAUCCUCUUCCUCAACAAGAAAGAUUUGUUGGAAGACAAGAUCCUGUACUCCCACCUUGUUGACUAUUUCCCAGAGUUUGAUGGCCCGCAGAGGGAUGCUCAGGCAGCCCGGGAGUUCAUUCUCAAGAUGUUUGUGGAUUUAAACCCAGACAGCGACAAAAUCAUCUACUCUCACUUCACAUGUGCCACAGACACGGAAAACAUCCGUUUUGUCUUUGCUGCCGUCAAGGACACCAUCCUACAGCUCAACCUGAAGGAGUACAACCUGGUCUGACCUGCUCUGCCCCUCGCCCCCUUGGAGGCCUCCUUGUGAAGAAAAGACAAAAAAAGAAAAAUUUAAAAAUUACAGGAAAAAAAUCUUAAUUUUUAAUGAUGUAAUGAUUGCAAAUUGUCUGAUCUGUGGAGUGGCGAAUUUGCUCAGUGUUAUCCUGGAGUCUCAUGUCUCUGUCCACAGAGUAGUUGAUUUCAUAUUUUUAACAAAUUGCUUUUAUUUCACAGUUAAUGGGGGGGGAUACACCUCACUCUUCGGCACCUUGUUCACCUCUUAAUUUUUGCCAAGGCAGCCUCAUCUUGGGCUUUACUUUGUCGCUUAGCCGCUUUUAUUUUCCUUUUCAUUCCCGUGGUAUAUAUAGAGAUCUAUAACUUUUCUGGCCAAGAUUGUAAAUUCACUGGACUGUGGGAGUGUGGAAUGCUACUGGUCCCUUUGCCUUGUGCCAUAGGGUGCCUCUGGUGUAAUUAUUAAUCCUGCUUGCUUUUUGUUCCCACCCUGCCCUCCCCAAGGACACGCCCCAUGGUUCACUGUGAUGAAAUGUUGGGGAGGAACAAUUGCUCUCCAUCUAUAGCAAAAAACCCACAACAACAACAAAAGCCAUCACUUUUCCAUUCUUUGUACGGUUUAGUCUGGGUUACUUUUUUUUUUCUUAUCAAUUAUAAAAGGUAUGGAGACUGUGAUUAUUAUUAUUUUUUUUUAAAUUAUUGAUGUUCUAUACAUAGUUUGCUACAUAUUGCUGUAUUUUGUUCAUGGACUUUAAAUGAUGGGAGCUCUUGGAGCAAUAGCUGCUGAGCCUGGGGAGAAGUGCCUGACUGUAUUAUUAUUAUUUUUAAAAGUAGGCUCAAUUUAUGGAAAGAAACUUUCACUCUGAGUGGAGUGUAAGGCAUCAAGUGAGCGACUUCUCUAUGCAGCGAAGAUCAGAAGCUCACUGCGUAAUUUUGUGGCAUUUAAACACCAAAUUUUUCCAGAUUGAAGACCUGAGAUGUCAUGUGCCACGCUUUGGUUCUCUUGCGUGCUGUGAACAGCAAGGAAAUCCUCAUCACAUUUUGUGCCAGCUGUGUGCAUUUGUAAGGGUGCUUCAUUCCUGCCCAGCUCGCAAAUUGCCUAGAAAGGACCAGAGUUGGGUGACACGGACUCUGGGGUGUGGGGAGGGUUCUUACUGCUUGAAAAGAUUGUGAAAAGUUUUAGGAGGAGUUGGGGAGUUCUAUUACUAUUUUCCUGUCUGUGCUCUCCCUGAGACAGAUGCUGCUGUGGUUUUUCUUUAGAGGAGCAUGGAUUCUCUUUGGAGCACUUGCACAGAUAUUUGCUCCAGAGGGGCAGGGUGCCUGAUAAUUGAGAGUACAGCAGCCACUCUUGGAGCGUGUUGCUGAAGUGAGAAUCCUGUGGUGGGAUGGACAGCAGGCUAGUACGGGGAAGGCAGCUGGGUUUGUUGAUACAGGUGUUACUCAGAAUGGAUUCUAGGUGCCAUAUUGAAUUCCACUCAACUGAGGGCUUCAAGCCCUUCUAUCUCAUUUUAUAGGCUUCCAGAAGCUCAGGUGAGUGAGCAAAUGUACCAAAGCUCUGUUGCCUCUUGUAUCUGCCUAGAGGAAGACUGCAAUGGCAAGGCAAGCAGUGAGUAAGAAACAGUGGCAUCUGUCCCACCUCUGGACAUAUGUGAAAUACGGGCAACACUAAUGGUUCUAUUACAAUUCCAACGAGUAGCAUUGGGUCCAAAUUCUCUGGAUAAACCAGACACGGCUUCAGUUGCUUCAAGACUGCUGUUGGUCGCUUAAGGCUAACAAAGGCCCUAAUCUCCCAAGCUGCACGGUUGAAGGGGGUGUCCAAUAUUUUGUUGUCUCGUUUGUAGACUGAGCACUACAUCGGUGUUUUGCACAAAAUGUAAUGAAAUUGAACUGCCCCAGAUGCCUUUGAUGUGUAACACUAAAUCUGGAGUUCACACUACUUUCCAGUCGUUCUGUUUUAGGGCUCCCUCGUGUUUCCCAAAACAGGAGAGGGAAGACUGCUGUAUUUCACCGAGCACUACAGAAGAAAGAAAGCUCUUGGAGGUGAUACCUGGCCGUAUCAGAGAGCUGGUAUUGGAGUAAUAGCCUUGGGACCAACAAGUAGAGAACCCAGGUCUGGCUGAGAGUAGGGCAGCAGCUGCUUGUAGAAUCACUACAUUCCUGAUCCUGCCUAAUGUUUAGGAGAAACAAGGGCGGGAUUCUCUCGUAUGCCAGACAGCUUUGCACCAAUUUUACCGCGUUUUUGUCUUUAUGCCAAAAUGAUCCUUUUUGUCGAAAGUGUUCUAUGAAGAGGAUUUUAUAAUCGUCUUGGGUCUAAUCUAAAUGCCGUUCUUCUGGAACAUACGGUGUGCCAGUUCUCCUGCUUCCCUGAUCUUAUGAGUGGUUUGCACUGCAUCCAAUUGCCGGCAGUGGACUUGGCGCUAAGAGAUUCAGAUUCUUGGAACAAAUGUCCCAGAGGUUUCUUUCCAAGGUUAAUGAUGGUGGCCCUUCCCACUUGAAUCUGUGUGGGUAUCGUCCCUCUACCUGCCAAGAGAAGAGAUGUUGACCUGGCACAGAAGGAAGGAUCUUGCGUCAUCCAUUGUGUGGAACAGAGUGCAUUUGUCUAGCUGUGAUGAAUUCUGGAAGGAUUUUGGGCUUUAGUAAAGAUUGGAGCACAUGCUGUUUACCCUCCUGCUCCGUUGCUUGGCAUAGCUGUUGGGCUUGAGGGUAAUUGGGUGGGGAUAUCACAUGUCAGGGCUGUCCCACAACAUGUUUCUGAAAUCUCAUCUGACCUAGAGAAGGAACAGGUCAGAGUUAUGCACAGAAUCCAGAGGUGUCUGUGGGUUGUAGCAUAGAAGAGAAGGCUGGGGAAUUAGCCGGCCCUGUGUGGCGAGAGAUGUUUUGUUUGCCUUCUUAGAUCGUGGAGCAUUCUUGCAGAACCAGCGCUGCUCUGCAUCUCUGGGGGCAGACCCCACAACAGAUGCCUGCUCUAGUGAAAGUGCCAAAUCGAAAACCAAACUUGCCUAUCUCAUCCUCUUCGGUGAUAGGGCUGGUCAGGAUUUCCCAGGAACAAGGGAUUGAAGCUCAGGACAGAAGUCUGUUGAGAUUCACAUGUAAGAAUCCCAAAUCUUAGGCUGAGGAAACAGCCUCUUGGCCAAGCUCAGUUCAUAGUGCACUUUCUGAAACAGGCCUACUCCGAGUCAUCCUAAACUUUACAGUGGAGAGACCCAUGGGGGGAGGGAGGUGUGGAGAAGAUCGUCCUGAUUUUCCUUGCAUUGGCGUCCGGUUUCCUUGCAUCAUUCCAUAAGGAUCAAUCAUAUGGUGAGCAACUGCCCCUCCCUGUUUCCCUUUCUCCUGGAAUCGGAUUCUUCGGUCUGCUGUUGUUGCUUCCUAGUGAUGUUGGCAUUACCUUCAGCUACGGGGUGGGUUUUUUUUUUCCCCCACGUGUUUUAUUACUUGGUAACUUUUUAAAAUGUGCUUUCGGCGUGUGCUGACCAUCGUAUUGUACUAUACAAACCCAGGUUGUUAGAGUCCAGCCGAGGUAAAGUCUGUAAUGCAGCACCCAGUUUUAAAAGUAUGGUUUGUGCCAAUGCCCCUUCUUUAGUAGUGCCAGAGACUCUUUACAAGUGCCAAUGUGGUGGAAAUUAUUUGGUUAUACUUGUAUAUUAUAGGAUCCUGAUUUAAACAAUUUAAACAUCCUAUUUAAAAAGAUGCUAUAUAAAAUGCUGUUUUUAAACCUUGUCAUUUGAAAUGCAUGUAUUGUUGUGCGUGUUAGGGUGGGGGGGAGGGGAUGGGGGAGGGGAAAGGAGUUUCUGAAUAGGCUGCCCAGCGCCAGGCUCCAGACUCUCUUUUCCAGUCUAGGAGUGUGACGAUUUCUUGGAACAGUCCUGCACUGGCUCCUGGGCAGAAAUACCUGAUGGAAAUUGAUUUUCAUAUCUUUCUCCUGAAAUAAAUUCUCUGUUUGAAAUUGGAAUAAAUUUUGUUCCUAAAA